GUAGAACUAUGAUCCUCGAUGGAAUCCUGGAUUGAUUUACAGGUGUGUGUCGGUAUGCGUCAUGUAAAGUGUGUAGAUGACCUUGCUUUGUUGUCCUUGGCUGCAUUUUUGAUAAUUCAUUAUGAGUAUUUGACGGGACUCUUAUGAUCCUUCCAUCUAUCUGUCUUCAAUAGAAAAGCACGAUUGACGGAAGGAGUUCGUUGCAACGAAAUUCAUUUAGGAGUAGAUCCUCUUCCUGCCUCGUCUAGCUCAUACUACUGUAUUUAUUCGACAAAACCUUUGACAAACAAGAUGCUGUCAAAGUUUGCGCGACCCUUUGUCGGCACGUCUAGCCGACGUGCUCUAUCUACAUCUAGGCCCGCACGUGCGUCUGGCCAUGUUAUCGGUAUCGAUUUGGGAACGACGAAUUCGUGCGUCGCGGUCAUGGAAGGGUCAACAGCCAAGGUACCACAGCCUGGCUGUUAACAGUUACAUUCAAGAAUCAUCGCCUCUUCGGUGAUAUUUCCGUUUGUGAACGAUGCUUUUGACCCACCUAAAUCUACUGCCACAGUUUGCAACUCCCUUCUACUUCUUCCCAGGUGAUUGAGAACAGCGAGGGUAUGCGGACAACACCUUCGGUGGUUGCCUUCACUGACGGCGGCGACCGCUUGGUUGGUGUGCCGGCAAAGCGACAGGCCGUUACAAAUCCGGAAAACACGCUUUUUGCGUGCAAGCGACUUAUUGGUCGACGAUACGACGAUCCUGCAACGAAAAAAGAUAUGAAAAACCUACCCUACAAGAUUGUGCAGGGAAAUAACGGAGAUGCGUGGGUGCAAGCAAGAGGCGAAAAGUACCAGACAUGACUCAAAUGAUUUUCCUGAUGGUUCUGCAAUGAAAUAGGAUUUGAGACUUGCUAGCGCAACAUGAUUUGCUACGUUCGGGUCUGAUCCCCAUUCAGAUGUAAAUGUUGUUGCACUACUCCACUCCCACAUUUUUCCCGAAAAGGUACUCUCCGUCGCAAGUGGGAGCGUUUGUAUUGACGAAGAUGCGAGAGACCGCGGAGUCUUAUCUCGGUGGUCAAGUCAAGAAUGCGGUUGUUACAGUGCCAGCAUACUUCAAUGACGCACAGCGACAGGCAACAAAGGAUGCCGGUAAAAUUGCAGGACUCGAUGUCCAACGAAUUAUUAACGAACCUACGGCAGCAGCACUUGCUUUUGGUAUGGAGAAAAACGACGGAAAGACGAUUGCAGUCUAUGAUUUAGGUGGCGGAACUUUCGACAUCUCCAUCCUAGAAAUCUCCGGCGGAGUGUUCGAGGUAAUAGUCAUUGUUGGUUCACGUGACAUAGUAGUUGGCAAGAAUAACACCGGUUUAAAACAGAUAGUGUGCCUCGUGUCGGUCAGAUUGUUUAAGAUUCCUCAAAUUGACAUAUAUAACCAAACGUCGCGCCUACUCUCUGCAAAAGAACAAAAAACUUUUUACAGGUGAAAGCGACAAAUGGAGACACUUCUUUGGGUGGCGAGGAUAUGGAUCAUGUUAUUCUCAACUUUUUGGUUGAUGAGUUUAAGAAAACGAACGGAAUCGAUCUGUCAAAGGACACGUUAGCAGUGCAGCGUCUGCGAGAGGCAGCCGAAACAGCGAAGAUUGAAUUGAGUAGUUCGCAGCAGACAGACAUCAAUCUUCCAUUUAUUACGGCGGAUGCUAGUGGCCCCAAGCACUUUCAAAUCAAACUUUCGCGUUCCAAGCUCGAGGGCCUCGCAGAUCCCCUGCUCACAAAGACACGUACACCGUGCCUCAACUGUCUCAAGGACGCCGGUCUCAAGAAGGAGGAAGUCGAUGAAGUCCUCUUGGUACUUUUUUUCCGCUUGAUUUUGUUGUAUUACCGCUUCGCUGCAGCUUAAAUGAUAAUGCGUCUAUGCUGUGCCUCUUGAUCUUUUCAUACGCGGUUUGUGUAUUCACUCGAGUUAUACACUGACGUGCGCGAGAUCAUUUUCGUAAGCUGCGUCGAGGCAUUUGGCAUCAAAGAUAGGCUGAAAGUUACUGCUUCGCUAGCCUUGGAACACUUAGGAAAUAUUGUGUAUGGUGCAGCCCAAGGUCGGGGCGAGCAACUAGCGCCCUCUGCAUAGAGGUUCACGCUGCUCGAUUCUCUGCCCGAAAAUUCCCCUCAAUCUGCUUCAUCAGGUUGGCGGCAUGACUCGUAUGCCUGUCGUAUCGAAGAUCGUGAAAGAAAUCUACGGAAAGGAUGCGUGCAAGGGGGUCAAUCCGGACGAGGCUGUGGCCGUCGGCGCCGCUAUUCAGGCAGGCGUUCUUAAAGGAGAUGUAAAGGACAUUCUUCUGCUCGAUGUUACUCCUCUGUCGCUUGGUAUUGAAACGCUUGGUGGCGUCAUGACCAAGCUGAUUCCGCGAAACACCACCAUCCCGACAAAGAAGCAACAGACGUUCUCAACGGCAGCCGAUAACCAGACACAGGUCGGAAUCAAGGUGUUCCAGGGUGAGCGUGAAUUUGCGGCUGACAACAAGCUGUUGGGUCAAUUUGAUCUCGUGGGCAUCCCACCAGCACCGCGUGGCGUGCCGCAGAUCGAAGUCACAUUCGACAUCGAUGCCAACGGUUGCGUCAACGUCGGAGCAGCGGAUAAGAGCACUGGUACCUAGAGAACACUUCUUCACCGAAAUAAUGAUAUAAUCGAGUAGUUGAACGAGUUCAAAGUUGAAACAAUGCUCCUUAGAUUGCAAUUCUGCAAAGUCGACGACACGAACAAUUCACCACAUUGAUUUUGAUUCGCCACGGAACCCCUAUGCACUUUCUUUCGUACCAAUCAAAUAUGUCGCUCAAAAAUUCAUAUAGGUAAGAAGCAGACCAUCACGAUCCAGUCGAGUGGUGGUCUGUCCGAUGGCGAGAUCGAACGCAUGGUAAACGACGCUGAAAACAUGAGGGAAGCGGACGAAAAGAAGAAGCAAGCAGUAGAGGCUCGCAACCAGGCGGAAUCCUUCAUCAACACCGUUGAAAAGCAGAUGGAAGACAUGAAGGACAAGAUCUCCGAUGCCGAUAAGGUUAUGAAGAGGAGACAUGCUAGAGUUUUAACAGAAGUGCAUAUGUCCAGUAUAUGUCUAUCAUGAGGCUACUAGUGGCAAUUGUUUUCCCACUCAACUAAUCCAGUAGUUUUAUACUGUUGCCAUUUUGUCGGCUGGGUGUGGGAGCAAGGCAAUCAUAUACUUAAGAUGUAGUCGUAGAUUACGUCGGCCCCUUGCCCCAGACGCCAGUUCCUAUUCCUCUUUCAUACAGAAAGACCUGAAAAAGAAGAUCGAGGCCACGCGACAGGCUCUUGCCGGCGACGACGGCGAGAAGAUUGCUGAGGCCAAAAAGGAGCUCGAACAGGCCUCAUGGAAGGUGAGUCAGGCCGCUUACCAGGGUGGUGGUUCCGGGGAGAGCAGCGAAAACUCCGACUCGUCAAGCGGUGCGAAGGAGGAGGAGAAAAAGUAAAUGCAGCUUGUUGCAGUCGAAAAGAAUCAUGUGAAGGGCGAUGAGGAUCGAAGGAGAAUCAUGUGAAGGGAAGAAUCGUUGCACACAAGUGGAACUUGCGUACUGAGUAGUUCUCGGACUUGGAAUUUCAAUUUGGAAGAAGCCGUCGGAAAAGCUGGGAUUGCCUUCCGAUCUGUCCGUUGGGGCCAGGUUGCAACUACUGUUGACGCGAUUACGUAGCGAAAAGGGUACAUACUGCAUAGCUCAUGUGAGUCGUUUCAUACAUAGUUUUAGUUAUCUGGCUGAAUGAUUGUUCUACUGAAAGGAAUCAGAAAGGAUACUUCUGUAAUGUGGAAAUGAUUCAUACUAACUUGGGACACGCACGCGUAGUUACAGAGCAUAUUAACAAAUCCUUGUCCAUAUCAGGCUUGAAAAUAUAGAUACUCCACUCAAUUAGGCAGGCCGCACAAGUACACGGUAGGCACAUGAAUUUUCCUCAGUUCUUCUUGGUCUCUCAGGGUGUCGAUAAUUAAUGAUUUCUUCAUCUGCUCAUCAAAACACACGACAUCUACUUUUAGUAAGAAUAUACAAGUAUCGCAAUUUGCUCAUGAUCAGUCGAAUAGAUUUUUAGCUAUCUACUACUUCGUAAAUUGUACCAUGAAUCGAUUGGGUUCAGGUCCUCCAAUAAUAGAUUUGGAAUGUUAUUUUUUCGAAGAUAUUUCAUUUUACCCAUUUCUUAUGUUCGAGUUUCUAGCACCUCUUGUGACGUUGGCUCACAAAAAAGCAAUAAGUUUAUCUGUAUCAGCCUCCCGUUUAUGAUAGGAUCGCAUGCGUGGAGCACCUGCACCUUUUCCAUGCCCUGGGCGGGCGCGAUCCCCUUCGUGCCGCCGCUGGGAGCAAAAACCAGUGCCUCUCUCUCUCUCUUGAUAUGGUAGUGAAAGAAGACAAUCGCUGAAAGAUGUCAUAGCUUUGUGGAAGUAGAAUGUGGCACAAACGAUCUGAUGUCAUUUGACUGUGAUAGGCGUACAUCAAAAAAUAGAUUUUUUAGAUAUUUAGUCUAUACAGGGCUUCACUCACCAUACCAGUGGCGUUGGUGUCUGAUUCGUACGAAGUGUGGAGG